UAUGACUGGGACACUAUACUGUACAGCAGAAAACAACUCAACAUUGUAAAUCAACUCUACCCGAAUAAAAAACACAUUUAAUUUUUAAAAAAGCAUGUUUUUUGUUAAAAUAACUCUGCGAAAGAGGUCAUCUUAGCUCCAUUGUAUAGUUGAGGAAAAUAAGGUUCAGAGGAUUCAAAUGUUGAGUCACUUCCUAGGGACCAGGCUAGAGCUAGGACCCUUCAUUCCUGGCUCAGGUGCCUAAGUCUGCAACCCCGUCUGGUGGUGUGGGUCUCAGUAGGCUGGUUUCGUUGCUGGGAUCACCACAACCCUUUGAAGAAAUUAGAGGGCUGUCAGCAGUCCAUCCCUCAGCAGGGACGUCUUUCCAGUUGUAGGUGGCUGUGUCCUAUUCCCGCUGGACCAGGGCAAGUUGGAGUUAUAUUUCUUCUCAACAGAGGUCCUUACAAGCUUAGUUCAGCGAGCACUUCAGAAUCCUGCUUAAGGUGGCCUUAAAUGCCAAAGGUAUGAUGACCGCCCCCUUCCGUAAGUGACUCCCUUAAGCUUCAUACCCUAAUGAGUCGGUACUAUCCCUUUCUGGCCCUGCAGAAGUUGUUUCUCUUGCUUCCCAGAGCUUGGCUGUGAUGAGAAUAGUUGAGGUUGAAAAAUAAGUGCCCUCUGGGUAAGUGGGGUAUUAUUAUAUUAUUUCAAAUGUGUUUACUCAUGGAAAAGGACCGGGAAGGGAUUAUGGAACUUGUCUCAUGUUACCAUGGGAGCCAACUUCAAAGCACGGAGGAGGCAAGCCCAGCUCCCCCACUCCUCCAUCACCCAGGGAACAUUGUGUGUCCCUCAGUGAGGCAGAAUCAGAACUUUUUUUUCAAAAUACUGUUUGUAAAGGGGACAGGGGAAAAGCAAGCCAUACCUGAAAGUCCUUGGAUCCCCUCUCUUCCAAUAAUAACUAAUUAACAUGUUUUGAAUACUUAACCUAUGUCUGGUGCUGUGUCACACAAGGACCUGGACAGUAGAGCCUCAUGAGUACUCAUUCACUUAACAGAUGAGGAAACAGAGGCUUAUAUUUUUUGCUUAACAUCCCAAAGGUAGCAAGUGUCUCAACAGGGAUUUAAACUUGGCAGUCUGUGUCCUGAGCCUUUGCCUAACUGCUCUGCUCUACUGCCUUCUACUAAGAAUAAGAAAGAUUUAUUCUGACCCGAGAAGAGUUCAAACAAACAUAGACGCUAGAGACCUGGAAGGUGGGAUAUUCAUGAGACAGUGACGUUAUCGUCUCGCCCUGCAAGAACCAGCUGAUGAGGAAGCCGCCUUGGAGAGCAGUGAAGGGUCAUUUUCUGAUGCAUCCAAACACACCAACAAAAGGGUAAUCUGCUUUUAAGCCACACCAGUGCCAACGAGAGGAAAAUAAAGAUCCAGAAGGGCUUGGCAACAGCAGUUGGAUUUUUUAAAUGAAAGAAGAGGCUGCCUGUUUCCAAAGUGAUUAAUUGUACAACUCAAUAAAUGUCAGCAAGUGGGAAUGAUGCCUGUAAAGAGGAGGCCACGCUCAUUAAGUGAAAAUGAGGAGAGAGACGCUGCAAGAAGAGAACGCUGCAAAUCGCAGACGGGGACCAAAAAAGAGGUCAUGAGUAACUAUCAAAAUAGACUUAAGUCCUAAGCUCUUGAGUAGAAGUAGCACCAGGAGAAGCAAAGAUGCCCGUUGAUACAGAGCAACUGGGCCUCAGGGAAAAUCACGUGGCCAGGCUCUGUUUUCUACUUUUUCGCAAAGAAAGCACCGAUGCACUCCCUCUACCCACUUAAUUGACUUUAUAUACCUGAGGGGACUUACCCAUCUGGAAAGAGACAAGGAAAAAGAUUCUUGCUAAUCCCUGCCCUGGAAAAUGGCCAAGUUUGUGACCUGGUUUUACUCAGCUUGGGGUUAAAUCCCCGGUUGCCUUGAAUCUAUGAGGGUUCUCCUCCUUUGGGGUCACUUUCCCUUGGGAAUGACUACUGAGCCUCUGGAAAACUUACCCAGCAGGAUUCAGACUCUGAUGAGGAGGAGGCAGAGGAGGACUUUAUUUUGAUUACAUAUCAUUUGAUUGAUUGAGUCCACACCUCAGUGAGUUCCCAUGUAAAGGCUGGGCUCUGACUUAAAGAAGUGGAUUGAGUUUCCACCCUCUGCCUGGGUCUCCAGCUUCUUUCCAACACACAACUCUUAGAGAAUAGCGCUGGUGGUGAAGGAGGGGGCGACAAACAUUGGGAGGCAGCCCCACUUCCACCAGCUUCACUGUCACCACCAAAUUCUCAUGCUGGCCCAGAAAAGCAGGUGGCUGGUCCCCUGUGCAACAGUGAUGUGUUCCCAGUGUCAGCUUCCAAGGGCUUUAAGGGAGCCAUGUCCAGCCUCAAAAGGUGUCCUAGGGUGAUGGUUACAUUCUGGUUGGACCCAAAGUAGCCUCUUUUCUGGAAGCAUUUCGGUGUUACCCAACAUCUUUGUCAUGUUAAGGAAGACGUUGCUUUGAGGAGUUACAGAGGAAGCUGCGUCCUAAUUCCUUAUUCCCACUCUGUUUCCGGAGUGCAUUUGGACAGCUGAGGCACUUCUGCCAAUCAACACCUCACCCGGUAAAUACAACACAUUUUGUAAAAAAUUCUCCUAUCGAAUUCAUGACAUUUUCAAGUGUUUUACACUCCCAUCGAAGUGCAACUGAAACCAUCACACCCAACGAUCUGCAAACACUCCCAGCUGCCGUCUGAAACUGUGAUCCCAGGAAGCAUCACAAAUCUCCCCAGGAAGGACAGACCAGCUCUCAAAGAGGUCUUUCCAAGUUUGCCUCACUGCAGCCUGCUGUGUGCCAAAGAGCCUUCUGGUUUAAAUCCACUUUGGAAGUUACAGGGUUUCCUUGGUGUAUAUUUGGCUUUCGGAAUUGGUUUGAAAAUGCUCAGACCUUGUAGCCAGACCGGCUCAAUUCACAUUCUGGCUUUGGCACUUCCUCGCCGUGAGUCUAGGAGCAAGUGACUUCACUUCCCUAUGCCUCAGUUUCCUCAACUGUAAAAUGGGGAUGAUCAACCAUAACCUCAUAACAGAGACGUAAAUGAAUCAAUAUGUGUCCAUAUGAAGGAGAACUGUGCCUGGCACGCACAAUAAGUGCUCUGGAAGGGCUUGCUUGCUUUAUUAUAAAUAUUAUUAUUGUUAUUAUUAUUAGAUCACACAGGGCAUACAGCAAACCAAUCAGCACAAUUCCAGCCCAUCCUUUAAAAAUGAAAUCCAUCUGAAUGUAAUGUCAGCUUGUGUGUUGGAAGGAAACCCACAGGGUGCAGUAAUAAGCACUAAGGUUCUAGGCUGUGAGGCGAGGCCUUCCAAGAGCACUUCUGGGCGGUGUCUUUUUUUUUUUUUUUUUUUUUUUUUUUUUUUUUUUUUUUUUAGGGCCUCACCCAUAGCAUAUGGAAGUUCCUGGGCUAGGGGUGAAAUCAGAGCUGCAGCUGCUGGCCUACACCACAGCCACAGCAACACUGGAUCCUAGUCGAGUCUGCGACCUACACUAUAGCUUGUGGCAACACCGGAUCCUUCACCUACUGAUCGAGGCCAGGGAUCGAACCCAUAUCCUCAUGGACACUGUGUUGGGUUCUUAACCCACUGAGCCACAACAGGAACUCCAUGGGGGUGGUGUCAUUUUUAAGCUGAGCCUGGAGGCUGAGGGGAGGAGAUGGAGCUUCCACUCUCCUCGUCAGCAGAGGUAGCCUCACACCUGCUCACCAAAUGAUGAUUAUGGGCCAGACUCUGUAUUGGUCUUUUCAGGUACUCUCCUCCCACUGACGUCGUGAUGGGUACAAAGGAUUAUCUCCAUGUUACAGUGGAUACUAUCAAGGCUCAGAGAGGUUAAGCAACUUGCCUGAGAUCACAUAGCUUAGAGAUGGCAGAAGUCUCUCUGACUCUGCAGCUCACAGGGAGCCUUCCUGCUGCCCUCGCCUGCUGCUUCUUCCUUUGGGCUACCUUGGGGAUGAGGCUCUCGUUAGACUUGGAUCAUGUUGCUUAGUACAAACACUGUCCGCCCCUCUCUAAAUAAAUCCAGAUAUAAGGAGGAGGGAUCUUAGUUGGGGUAGCCAGAGUGCUCUGUCUUCUGGCUCCAGGAACAGGGAGAAAAGCCCUAGAGAGGCCCCUUCUUCACUUGGACAGACUGACAUCCUUCUCUCAGCUCUCAGGCUGACAGGUGCGUUUCCUUCAGAGCGUGUGAGCCAGGCAGGCAGGCUGGAGACACACCCACCUCCACCUGCCAUGGCCGGGGUAAUGAGGGCGUGCCUCUAAGGAGCUGACAACCAAGCUGCUUCUUCUGGAAGCUUGUGCCCUGCUGCCAAGAGCUGUUGUCAUUUGUCACGUGCUCUAAAGUUCUGUCUGCAGGGAGGAGCCGUUCGCUACUUUCUCACAUCUAGUGCCUCUUUUCCUCGAGCUCAGAGGUCCUCCAGGUCUCCUGAGAACUGUGGCUCCUCUUUCCACGGCCUCUUCCUACCCUGGAAGUGCUUGCUAGUCCUUCCUUUUGGUUAUUGAUCCUAUUCACUUUUCAUCUUGCAGAGAAACUUUCCAAGAACUCUCAUCUGCUCAAAGAGCCGCCCCCCCCCCCCACUUUCUCACUGAUAUUAACAUAGUCCCUUUCUACCGCUUUGUUGUAACUUUAUUUGGACUUUGGGAAGGAGGGAAGGAAACACAUGUCCUUCUUUUCUCCAUUACGCUAUUUUCAUCUGAGCUCAUGGCUGUUUGCUAACAUAUUAUUAUCAUCAAUCAUUUGCAGUGCGUAUGUGAUGCUUGCAGGCCAAAUUAAUGAUGCAUUUAUUCAUACCUCAAAGAAAAUAGCAGACCCUUGUGGAGAGUUUCUUCUUCUUCUUUUAAAAAAUAUUUCCUGUGUGUCAACAUGAAUGCCAACUAUGAGGGAAAAAGGGGCCUUAUCUCUGUGGGUUGAUUUCUAUCUCUUCCCCCAGCUGAAUAUACUACUUCCAACACAGAGCUCAGAAUCUGGUCCCUUGUUCACAGUUUUGCUGCAUGUUUGAAAUUUUUCAUGAGAAAACAUUGGACUCUACGUCCAACUGUUAGCCUCUGGUUUGUAUCCUUCUGGUCUCUGGUCUGUGGCGUAACUGUGGUGUGUACUGAAUUCCCAAGAAACUAAUUCUUGGAGGUUCCUUUUUCCUUGAGGAUGGAAGUGAAAAGAGAGAGAGAGAAUUUUCAGACUCCAUCAAUAACAGCAGGCCAACAAUAAUAGGGAUGAAUUCCUCAGAGGCAGGAUGAGGAUCGAUGAAUACAGGCCUAAUAGCUAGAAAGCACAUCAUGUAUUUCCCCCAAAGACUUUGGCAUCUGCCGAAACAUAUGACUGCAGAAGCCACCCCAGAGGUUAGCCAGAUUUAGCCAGAGGGGGCCAGGAAGGAGUUUGGGAUACUAGCUGCCUUUUCCCUGCCAAGUCCAUGGUGUUUAACCCAGGGACCCACCUUCCCUUUUCUGUGGCCGACAGGAGCUGCUGGAAUGUUUCAGCACCUCUGCUCAGCGCUUUGCUGCAUUCGAACUUUUCAGUUUUGAGCAGAUGGCCAGAACCCGAGGGGAUGACUGGACAGUGCUAGGUCAUGGCGUGCAGGAGUGGGUGGGCAAGGCUGGGUACUGACACCCAGGGAGGCCCUCGAAGCAGUCCUAUUUGAAAAGAUACAUUCAUAAUCAUGGAAGCCCACUCCUUGCUUAGUCUAUGGUGGAAACCAUUUAUAUAGAUAUUCAAUACGCAAGCCAGACAGGCUAAAUUGUAGCCUCUCUUCAGUAAAUGCCCCAGUUGUUUGGAGUAAAAAAAAUGGUUUAGAUUAGCACCCGGGCACUCUGACAAAGGUCCAGAGGGAGUUAAGGGACUUGCCAGUGUCAUUAGCAUUUUUUUAUUCUUUUUCCAGCCGCACUAAAAUAUAUUUGCUCAAAACAGAGGGAGAUGAAAAACGCCUGGCAGCCAGUACCUAAUUAAAAAAAAGAAAAAAAAAUAUGUUUCACUUCUCCAGCAAACACAGCAAUUAAAACAAGGCUGUGUUGUGAUAGCUUAUGGACCUAUUAAUGCCUAAUUGAGCCUUCCGCUAGAUGCUUUUGUGAAAGCCACUUUCUUGAGGCCUGAGGGGCCACACCUUAGAGCAAAACAAACCUCCAAACUUCCUGCAGCCCCCUCCGCCCUCAGGGGCCCAGAAACCAAAGAAAACAAUUUUUUACUUUGAAUCUCUGAGUUAGACUGGAAGGAUUAGCUUGACAGAAAGAUCUCGACAUUGAAAAUCCUACUGGGGAUUUCAUUCUUUCCUCAUUUGUAAGCAAAAUCUAUUUUCCACGAGAUAUUUUUAGUACCAGCAUCCCCUGCUGUCCUAUUCUCUUACAGUAUACCAUUAGAGCUUGAGGCUGGUCCAAGCAGGUCAUGUGACUUCUAAGCAUCUCUCCUGGUUCCGUCCUCAGCGACUAGUCUCGAAGGAGUCAGGGAAUUCUAGACUCUUAACUACCGAAGACCUCAAAGUCCUUCCUGAAGCCCUGAAUUCUUAUUGAUAGGAGGUGAAAAUGCUUUACAGUUGCUUUUUCUAAGAGGUCAACUUGGCGGAGCUCGCUGCCUGACCUCAGUAAUAGAGAUAUUUUCAGCCCUGCAAGCCGCCUAUGUAAAUAUAAAAAUGUAUUAGGCUGCAGAACUGCAUGUGUGGGAACAGAACAACCGGGCUAUUGAAAAGGAAUCACGGCGCAGGGCGGGGGGAGCCUUGGUUUCACUCACAUGGGUUUGGUUAACAGGGGCACAACUUUUGAUAAAUUGUUUUGAUUCAGUGGACUCCACGUUGCAGAAUAGCCAAUCUCAUUUCUGGAACUUAUAAGCUAUGAAAAGCGAAACCCCAAUCACUUUGUGAGGUAUCCAGCAAAAUUACCUUCUGGAAGUUUUUACAUUAAAAAAAAAAAAUCCUUUUCACACUCUAUGAUACUCAUUUGCCUUGGAAAAAAAAUUUUGGUGUGAUGUCAGUUUUUCAGUUGUUUAAUGUGAAAAAGAGUGAUUUAUGUGAUGCCUGAGUGGGAAAGAUAUAUUUGCUCAGACCUCUUAAAAGAGAAUCGAAGAGCAUCAUUGUAAUGAACAGGAAACAUGCUCUUGAAAUGAACUGAGAAAUCUCUCCAGGCGAAAUGCUCUAAUAUUCCUGAGUGCGUUCACUUUCAGUGGAUCAAAUCUUUCCCAUCUCUGCAUCCAAGCUAUUUGGCGGUGAUCAGAUGAUCAGAGCUCAAGGAAGUGAUUGGAGAGUGAGCUGGCUGCAGCUGCAAUGUAGGCUGUUUUCAGGGACAAGGAGCCACUGUUUUUCAAACAUAGCAUCAACAUAGAAGUUAUUUUGUGGGCUCCAGGAUGCAGCGAUGGGCUGCACUGCCAGCAUUGUUCUGCUUCAAGCUUUUCGUUCUGUGGUCCAGAGGAGCUGUCCACACAUUUGUAGACGACGCCAGGAGGAACCCUCCCACGAAAUUUUGCCUCUGGAAAGUGACGAUGAAAUGAGUAGACCCAGAACCCUCAUCAUAAUGCAAGAAAAGCCCAGGCUUCUCGAGCCUUUGGAUUAUGAAACUGUCGUUGAAGAACUUGAAAAGACCUAUCAGAAUGAUCCCCUUCGAGAUCUCCUGUUCUUCCCCAGAGACGACUUUUCAACCACCACAGUCCCUUGGGACAUCCGAACAUUGUACUCAACAGUACCUGAAGAUGCAGAGCACAAAGCAGAAAACUUACUGGUGAAAGAGGCUUGUAAAUUUUAUAGUUCCCAGUGGUAUGUGGUCAACUAUAAAUAUGAACAGUAUUCUGGAGACAUUCGGCAGUUACCCCGAGCAGAAUACAAACCAGAGAAACUUCCUUCACAUUCCUUUGAGGUUGACCAUGAAGAUGCUGAUAAAGAUGAAGAUACCACCUCCCACUCGUCUUCCAAGGGCGGUGGGGGAGCGGGAGGAACUGGAGUUUUCAAGUCUGGCUGGCUGUACAAGGGGAAUUUUAACAGCACCGUGAAUAAUACCGUUACUGUUCGGUCAUUCAAAAAGCGCUUCUUCCAGCUGACUCAGUUGCCAGAUAACUCCUACAUCAUGAAUUUUUACAAAGAUGAAAAAAUAUCCAAAGAACCCAAAGGCUGCAUCUUUUUGGAUUCUUGUACAGGUGUGGUACAGAAUAACAGACUGAGAAAAUAUGCCUUUGAAUUGAAAAUGAAUGACCUGACCUAUUUCGUGUUGGCGGCUGAAACGGAGUCGGAUAUGGAUGAAUGGAUUCACACCCUCAACCGCAUCCUGCAGAUCAGUCCUGAGGGGCCCCCGCAGGGCAGGAGGAGCACAGAGCUCGCAGACCUGGGGCUGGAUUCCCUGGAUAACUCCAUAACUUGUGAAUGCACACCAGAGGAAACAGAUUCUUCAGAGAAUAGCCUUCACCCUGACUUCACAAAAUACCUCACAGAAACUGAAGAGUCUGUCAAAACAACACGAAACAUAGAGAGGCUAAAUUUGUUUUCGCUGGAUCCAGACAUAGACAGUUUGAAACUUCAGAAAAAGGAUCUUUUAGAACCCGACUUUGUGAUCAAACCGUUUGAAGAAAAAGCUGCCAAGAGAAUCAUGAUCAUUUGUAAAGCUCUCAACUUGAAUCUUCAGGGAUGUGUUACAGAGAAUGAAAAUGAUCCCAUUACAAACAUUGAGCCUUUUUUUGUGAGUGUGGCACUUUAUGACCUCAGAGACAGCAGGAAGAUUUCUGCUGAUUUCCACGUGGAUCUAAACCACACUGCUGUCAGGCAGAUGAUCUCAGGGGCUUCCGUGGCUUUGGAAAAUGGGAACAUCGACGCUGUUACGCCAAGACAAUCAGAAGAACCUCACAUCAAGGGAUUUCCGGAGGAAUGGCUAAAAUUUCCCAAGCAGGCAAUAUUUUCUGUAAGCAAUCCACAUUCUGAAAUUGUUUUGGUGGCCAAAAUCGAAAAAGUACUGAUGGGAAACAUUGCAAGUGGCGCUGAGCCUUAUAUUAAAAAUCCAGACUCCAACAAGUAUGCACAAAAGAUACUAAAAUCCAACAGGCAGUUCUGCAGCAAGUUGGGGAAAUAUCGCAUGCCAUUUGCUUGGGCAGUGAGAUCGGUAUUUAAGGACAACCAGGGAAAUGUGGACAGAGACUCAAGAUUUUCACCAUUGUAUAGACAAGAAAGCAGCAAGAUUUCAACUGAGGACCUACUUAAACUAGUGUCAGAUUAUAGAAGAGCUGACAGAAUAAGCAAAACGCAGACCAUUCCCGGAAGCCUGGAUAUUGCUGUUGACAACAUUCCUUUGGAGCAUCCAAACUGUGUAACAUCGUCCUUUAUCCCUGUCAAACCUUUCAAUGUGGUGGCUCCACCAGAACCCACAGUGGAGGUGGAAGAAUUUGUUUACGACUCAACAAAGUAUUGCCGUCCUUAUAGAGUAUACAAAAAUCAAAUUUAUGUUUAUCCCAAGCACCUCAAGUAUGACAGCCAGAGAUGUUUCAGCAAGGCACGAAAUAUAACUGUGUGCAUUGAAUUCAAAAAUUCCGAUGAAGAAGAUGCCAAGCCUGUGAAGUGUAUUUAUGGAAAACCUGGAGGGCCCCUCUUCACCUCAGCCGCCUACACUGCAGUUCUGCACCAUUCCCAGAAUCCAGAUUUCUCAGACGAGGUGAAAAUUGAACUACCAACACAACUUCAUGAGAAACACCAUAUUUUGUUUUCUUUUUAUCACAUCACUUGUGACAUAAAUGCAAAAGCUAACGCCAAAAAAAAGGAGGCUCUGGAAACACCAGUUGGAUAUGCUUGGCUUCCUCUGAUGAAACAUGAUCAGAUAGCUUCUCAAGAGUACAGUAUCCCAGUAGCAACAAGCCUGCCUCCUAAUUAUUUAAGCUUUCAAGAUUCUUCAAGUGGAAAGCACGGCGGGAGUGACAUUAAAUGGGUCGAUGGUGGCAAGCCACUUUUCAAAGUGUCGACAUUUGUUGUGUCAACGGUGAAUACUCAGGAUCCGCAUGUGAACGAAUUUUUCCGACAAUGCCAAAAAAGGGAGAAAGAUAUGUCUCAGUCACCUACCUCGAAUUUCGUCCGUUCUUGUAAGAACUUACUGAAUGUGGAAAAGAUUCAUACAAUCAUGAGUUUUCUACCUAUAAUCUUGAAUCAGCUCUUCAAGGUUCUGGUACAGAAUGAAGAAGAUGAGAUCAACACAGCUGUGACCAGGGUUCUGACCGACAUCAUGGCCAAGUGCCAUGAAGAGCAGCUGGACCACUCUGUCCAGUCCUACAUUAAGUUCGUGUUCAAGACCACGGCAUGCAAGGAGAGAACUAUACACGAGGAACUGGCUAAAAAUGUGACUGGUCUUUUGAAGUCAAAUGACUUCCCAACAGUCAAGCAUGUCCUGAAGCAUUCCUGGUUCUUCUUUGCAAUUAUCCUGAAAUCAAUGGCACAGCACUUGAUUGACACAAAUAAAAUUCAGCUUUCUCGGCCUCAAAGAUUUCCUGAAUCUUACCAAAAUGAAUUGGACAAUCUUGUUAUGGUCCUGUCUGACCAUGUGACGUGGAAAAACAAAGAUGCACUUGAAGAAACAAGAAGGGCAAACCACAGCGUGGCCAGAUUUCUUAAGCGCUGCUUUACAUUUAUGGACCGAGGUUUUGUGUUUAAAAUGGUUAACAACUACAUCAGCAUGUUCUCCUCUGGUGAUCCCAAGAUCUUAUGCCAGUUUAAAUUUGAUUUUCUUCAAGAAGUAUGUCAGCAUGAACACUUUAUUCCUUUGUGUCUUCCUAUAAGAUCUGCAAACAUUCCAGAUCCUUUGACACCUUCAGAGUCAAUACAAGAGUUACAUGCAUCAGAUAUGCCUGAAUAUUCAAUCACGAAUGAAUUUUGCCGCAAACACUUCUUAAUUGGAAUUUUGCUCCGAGAGGUUGGCUUUGCUCUGCAGGAAGACCAAGAUGUAAGGCACUUGGCUUUAGCAGUCCUAAAAAAUCUAAUGGCUAAGCAUUCAUUUGAUGAUCGAUACAGAGAACCAGCAAAGCAGGCCCAGAUAGCAAGUUUAUACAUGCCCCUCUAUGGUAUGCUUCUGGACAAUAUGCCAAGGAUUUACCUGAAGGACCUGUAUCCUUUUACCAUCAAUACAUCGAAUCAGGGGUCUAGAGACGACCUCAGCACCAAUGGAGGAUUCCAAGCCCAGUCAGCUAUGAAACAUGCAAACUCUGUGGAUACAUCAUUUUCCAAAGAUGUUUUAAAUUCCAUAGCAGCAUUUUCAUCAAUAGCUAUUUCUACAGUAAACCAUGCUGAUUCCAGAGCUUCGUUAGCAAGUCUUGACUCCAACCCAAGUACCAAUGAGAAGAGCAGUGAGAAAACCGACAACUGUGAAAAGAUUCCAAGGCCCUUGUCCCUGAUAGGCUCAACUCUUCGAUUUGACAAGUUAGAUCAGGCGGAAACCAGGAGUCUACUUAUGUGCUUUCUUCACAUUAUGAAAACAAUUUCAGAGGAGACUCUAAUUGCCUACUGGCAAAGAGCCCCCAGUCCAGAGGUGUCCGACUUCUUCAGCAUCUUGGAGGUUUGUCUUCAAAAUUUCAGAUACCUAGGAAAACGUAAUAUAAUAAGUUUUCCUUGCAGAAAAAUUGCUGCUGCAUUUAAAUUUGUGCAGUCCACCCAGAACAACGGAACUCUCAAAGGAUCUAAUCCUUCCUGCCAAACUUCAGGCCUCUUGCCACAAUGGAUGCACACCACCUCCAGUCAUGAAUCACAGAAGCAGCACCGAUCACAAACAUUACCAAUAAUUCGAGGCAAAAAUGCACUUUCUAACCCCAAACUCCUACAGAUGUUAGACAAUACCAUGACCAGCAACUCCAAUGAAAUAGACAUUGUGCACCAUGUGGACACAGAGGCCAAUGUCGCUACAGAGGUUUGCCUGACUAUUCUAGACCUGCUAGCCCUCUUCACUCAAGUCCACCAGAGACAACUUCAACAAUCUGAAUGUCAAAAUUCAACGAUGAAAAGGGUCUUUGAUACCUACAUGCUCUUCUUCCAAGUCAACCAAUCAGCCACAGCACUGAAGCACGUAUUUGCCUCCUUGAGGCUGUUUGUAUGCAAGUUUCCUUCAGCCUUCUUCCAAGGGCCUGCCGACCUGUGUGGAUCAUUCUGCUAUGAAGUCCUGAAAUGCUGUAACCACAGGUCACGGUCAACUCAGACGGAAGCCUCAGCCCUUCUGUAUUUUUUCAUGAGGAAGAAUUUUGAAUUUAACAAGCAGAAGUCAAUUGUCCGGUCCCACUUACAACUCAUCAAGGCUGUAAGCCAGUUAAUAGCUGAUGCUGGGAUUGGAGGCUCGCGGUUCCAGCAUUCCCUUGCAAUUACCAAUAAUUUUGCUAAUGGAGACAAGCAAAUGAAAAAUAGCAAUUUCCCAGCAGAGGUGAAAGAUCUGACUAAACGUAUAAGGACUGUUUUGAUGGCCACGGCUCAGAUGAAGGAGCAUGAGAAGGACCCUGAGAUGCUGGUGGACCUCCAGUACAGCCUGGCAAACUCCUAUGCAAGCACUCCCGAGCUCCGGAGGACCUGGUUGGAGAGCAUGGCCAAGAUUCAUGCAAGAAACGGAGAUUUAUCCGAGGCCGCUAUGUGCUACAUCCAUAUAGCUGCCCUCAUUGCAGAAUACCUGAAAAGAAGGGGUUACUGGAAAAUGGAAAAGCUUUGCACACCAUCCCAGCUCCCGGAGGACAUCCACCCCUGUGAUAGCAACCCAUUACUAACAAGUCCCCGUGGAGGAAGCAUGUUCUCUAUGGGCUGGCCGGCUUUUCUGAGCAUUACACCAAAUAUUAAAGAAGAAGGAGCAAUGAAAGAAGAUUCUGGAAUGCAAGACACACCAUACAAUGAGAACAUCCUCGUGGAGCAGCUGUACAUGUGUGUGGAGUUCCUUUGGAAGUCUGAGAGAUAUGAACUCAUCGCUGAUGUCAACAAGCCCAUCAUUGCUGUCUUUGAGAAGCAGAGAGACUUCAAAAAAUUAUCAGAUCUCUACUAUGACAUUCAUCGGUCGUAUCUAAAAGUUGCAGAGGUGGUAAAUUCAGAGAAGCGGCUCUUUGGUCGCUACUAUCGUGUGGCAUUUUAUGGGCAGGCUGUGGGUUUUUUUGAAGAAGAAGAAGGUAAAGAGUAUAUUUAUAAAGAACCCAAGCUGACUGGUCUCUCCGAGAUUUCCCAAAGACUGCUCAAGCUCUACGCAGAUAAAUUCGGAGCAGACAAUGUGAAGAUAAUCCAGGACUCCAAUAAGGUAAACCCCAAGGAUUUGGACCCCAAAUAUGCCUACAUCCAGGUGACCUAUGUCACACCGUUCUUUGAGGAAAAGGAACUAGAGGACCGGAAGACGGAUUUCGAAAUGCACCACAACAUCAACCGCUUUGUCUUCGAGACGCCCUUCACGCUCUCGGGCAAGAAGCACGGUGGGGUGGAGGAGCAGUGCAAGCGGAGGACGGUCCUGACAACGAGCCACUUGUUCCCCUACGUGAAGAAGAGGAUUCAGGUUAUCAGCCAGUCCAGCACAGAACUGAAUCCCAUUGAAGUGGCGAUUGAUGAGAUGUCCAAGAAGGUUUCGGAGCUUAACCAGCUUUGCACGAUGGAAGAAGUCGACAUGAUCAGACUUCAGCUCAAACUCCAAGGAAGCGUCAGCGUGAAGGUGAAUGCAGGCCCAAUGGCCUAUGCACGAGCUUUUCUUGAAGAAACCAACGCAAAGAAAUACCCUGACAACCAAGUAAAGCUUUUGAAGGAAAUCUUCAGGCAAUUUGCAGACGCGUGUGGGCAGGCCCUUGACGUGAAUGAGCGCCUCAUCAAAGAGGACCAGCUGGAGUACCAGGAGGAACUGAGGUCCCACUACAAGGACAUGCUCAGCGAACUCUCCGCAAUCAUGAAUGAGCAGCUCUGUCGUGGUCCAUGUUUAUACAGCUUCUGUUCCUCUGUGUCUAGUAUUUCCCUCAGUACUGUGAGCAAAAGUGAUUACCUACCCGGACGACCCAUCAAAGCGAGGAGCGGAGCGAACUUGCACUCGGGUCAGUAACAAGGCGGCCCCCACUCUGCCCACAGUCUCCAUCUCAUCCAGUGCAGAAGCCUGAAGGGAGUCUGCAGCAUCAGACCCGCCUCCAGGAGAACUCUGAAUUUGCAGCUAAUCUCGGGGAAGAGAAAGAGAAAUUUAAUUUAUUUGAUGUUUUUAUGGUGUUAAUACUUUUUUUACCUCGCUAGCUUGAGAAUUUUGCCAGCCUCCAGAUUUGCACAUUUCUGAUCUCUUUUUUUUUUUUUUUUUUUUCCUUUGAUUGAGCGGCGUCGAUCAAGCCCGGCUAAAUAUUUGCUAUGAAAUCCCAGUGAAUGUGUAGCUCGAAAGCAAACCGUUCAGUUUGCUGCUGGUUACAGUUAUGUUCCAUACCCAGUCCUCGUACACAUAUUUUAAAGGUCAAAGUGAAUGUUUUUGUAACAUGUAAGCAUAUUUCGAAUGUAAAUAGAAGAUUGUAAAAUAUAUGGUUUUUACCAAAUUUAAAAGAACGUUUUUAGUUAAUAUUGAUGACAGUGCUAAAAUUAUAUGAAUAACAUUUCAGAUACCAUUAUAUUAAAAUAUUUGUGUAUGUGUACAAAAGUGUUGAUAAAUACUAAUCUUUAAAGUUUGUGGAGUUUCUUUAUUUGUAAUAUAUGUGCUCUUAAAAGCAGUGAGAUGUGAAAUUAUGGAAGCCUUUUGUGGUUAAUAGAAAUAAAAAUACCAUUAAUUUGCA